AUUGAACGAAGUUGCUUAUCAAUAAUUUAAAUUUCAAAUCACACACAUCAAAAUAGAAUGUUUAUAUUCGAUUUGUUUGUUUUUGCUUCUCUGUUUUCAUCUGUAAAAGGUGUAGUAUGUUACAAAUGCCAAGACUCCGAUUUAUCCACUUGUAAUUCUAUUGUUGAAUGUCGCUCUAACGAGAUUUGUCAUGGACACAGAAGUAACAUCAGUAGGUAUACACUUGAUUGCAUUCCUAAAACCAUUUGUGACCAGUUUAUAAUUGGAAAGAGAGAACUGACGGCUGGUUGCUGCAGUACUAAUUACUGUAACAAAAAGUUGUUUGAUAUGCAAACUGUAUCAACCAGAAUGACAACAUCAGCUACUGAGCAAUAUACAUCAACAUUUAAACCAACAAGUGGUGUAACAACUAAGAUGAAUAAUACAAAGACCAUCCCACGGAUAUCAACGACAACAAAUGUGAUGACGUCAACAACAAAACCCACAACCAAUAAACCAAUAUCAUGUAUGGCUUGUACUGGUCCCUCUUUUUUAUGUGAACGUCUUUAUACACCAAUCCUCUGCUCAGACCCGAAUAAACCACUAUGCCUAACUGAAGUCGCAAAUCUACAAGAUGGUUCAAGGACUGUUAUUAGAAGAUGUGGAACAGAAUCAGAAUGUCAAAGAGACUGGUGGAAAGGAUCAUCUGACAAUGACAAAUGUACCAACUUCGACGCUAAUUUUAUCUAUACAUUACAUUUCCAAUGUAUUUAUUGUUGUACUACAUAUAAUUGUAACGUUGGUGGCAUACCAGCAAAGUCAACCCUGUACAUACCAUAUAAAUAA